AUGGGAGAACCAACCGACCCAUCUCCUUUCAAGCUGUUCUCCAGAGCGAUUUCCAGAGAAGUAGGGCAAGAACGAGAGAGAUGAGACUUCUAACGCACAACAUGCUAGCCUGCAACAUUAAGGGCGUAACGAACGGUUAUCCCCUCCGGCUGGAGGCGGAGAAGUGGGUCGAGAAGGAGGUCGAGUUCAACGCCGACUUUCUCCGAGGCGUCUUCCCCAAAAUCAACUGGCCGGCUCUCAUCGGCGCUGCGCGCUCCCUAGGCUUUCACGAUCUUCUUCCCAAUGAAGCCCCCGAUCCCUCCGUUCUCGCUUCUGACGACCAAUUGCUCCGCCAAUUCCACCGCGCUCUUCUCGAGCUCCACGUCGAGGAGGGCGGCCUCGUUUGCCCCGAGACUGGCCGGCUAUUCCCCAUUAACAAGGGAAUCCCCAACAUGCUUCUACACGAGGACGAGGUUUAGGUAUGGUUCAGCGGUUCGGUUUUUGUUGUUUAGGGUUUUAUGGUUCCUGUGUAAGGUGCGAGGGUUUUGUUUGGCUUCAGAUUGAUGUGGAGUUCUAUCCGUUAUUACUUAUUACUGUGUUUUUUUGACUGUUAAGAAAACUUUUGCUUGAUUAAUACA